AUGUGUGCUGUUGUUGAUAGUGUUGAGGGUGACUGUUACCUGUGUGUUCCGCCUGACCCGGGCAUUGAGACUGAUGCUCUAGGUGCUGGUGAGGCUGUUGCUCUAGGUGCUAGCGCGUCUGCUGCCCCAGGUGCUGGUGAGUCUGCUCUCUCAGGUACCACGUCGGCUCAAGCCUUACACACCUUCACCCUUGACUCGGGUGCUUCCCGCUCCUUCUUUCGAGACCGCACCACACUUACGCCGCUUAGUCGGCCGGUUGCGGUCUCCCUAGCGGACCCCUCUGGGGGUCCUGUCCUUGCUCGCUUCUCCACUGUCUUACCGUGUCCGGCAACCCCCUCUGGCACCCUGUCAGGUCUCUACCUCCCCUCGUUCUCUACUAACUUGGUGAGUGGCGCUGACCUACAGGAUAGGGGGGUUGACCAGUUCACUCCUGCGAGUCAGCGGGUGACCCACUGCACGUGUGCUGGGACAGGGAGAAACUUGGCCACGUUCACCCGUCGGCUGGGGUCGAGCCUGUACGCCCUCACUACUGAGUCUCCUCCAGCUGCUGAGCCUGGUCAGGUCGCUGCGUCGAGUCAGGUGUCUGCUGCAGCGUCUAGUCCUUCCUAA